GCCAGAAUUCCCAGAGUUUCUAUAAAUAAUGCUGUGUUUGUAAUUUAUUUUAGAGACACUGCUGAAAUGUGUUUGCUGAAGUAAUUGGAAGACCUGGAGCAAGGGCUGGUAUAUGAGGAGGAGUUGAUGUUGGUUCCACCAGUAAAACAAUUCACAUCUCCUAGAUGUCUACCAUUUGCUCUUUGUAUCCAACUGACAAAAAAAAAAAAAAACAGAAAAAUUUGGUUUCCAUCAGUCUAAGGUAAGCAAUCCCCAAUGUUCUUUUAUAAUGCUACGUAUUGCGCCUAAGCGUAUUCUUCUAAUUCUUAGCAAACAUUUGGUUGAAUGAUAGUAAAUAAGAAGAAAACAACACAAUUAAUAAUUGCAGGCCAAAUCAUUAGUGCGAUUUCUAAGUAGGUCCCUAACGCGUCUGAAUGGUUGGUAGACCUUGGAAUGUUUUUAUUCUUAUCUUUUCCAUCUUUGCUCUAUAAUGUCAUAACGUUUCAGUCUUCGUCGCGCUGUUUGGUUGACUCUUGAAUCGUCAUCAGUAUAGUACUUUGUAUGGGCUUCGGUUUAACACACUUCUUUAGUGCAGUCAAACGUUUUUAUUCGUAACUAGUGUAGCGCAAUUGCCUUUAGCGAAACGAAAAAUCAUCAGAAUGACGUCAUCAACCGGUGUAUCUGAUUUAUUUUUCCAGGCAGUUAAAAGUGACUUGAUAGAUGAGUUACAGGAGAUACGAAUCACUUACGGAUUGAAAGCAAUAACAACCAGCAUGAUUGGUCAGCCUUGCAACGAAAAAGGCGACACGUCGCUAUUGGUGGCCGUUAGCGGAAGACAUUUUGUUAUGUUCGAAUUCUUAAUGUCCCAGUUAAAGUUGAAUGUCUUCUACAAGCAGAGGGAAUACCAGCAGGUUUGCCCAAAGCCAAGCAAACGAGGUCGUGUCAUAGACCUACUGCCGUUGUACGCUGCUGAAAUCGCAAUAGUCCGCGAUGUUGCUGGCCAAGUUCCCAUCACAAAAAUGAUAGAAUCCAUUGAUCCAUUCCGUGAAAAAUUUUUAUGGUUAGAGAUCGUAUUGAAUUCAAUUAUGUCAAGCUCAGCCACCAGGUCAGAUAAGAUUGCAGCACUGGAACUUAUGGGUGUAGCUUUCAUCGUGAACCAAUCCCAGUGCGAAAUUCUACGUGGUCGCGGACUAGAAUGUUGGAAGGAGGCACUUUGUUUACGUUCAUCCACAAGUAAUGGCGGCCAAGCGAUCCCCAAGAUUCCUUACAUUCUACCCCAUUUUGCUCACAAUGCAUUCGGAGAUGCUUCGGAAUUUGUUACAGUGAAGCAACUAGAAAAAUAUGAAAAGCAGUUGUCGUUUGAUGGAUCAGUGGAAGUUUGGCGAUCUUGGCGUGAUUCCCAGCUCCAAACUCAAGCCCUUCUCGUAAACCAAAGAAUUGUGGCCCAGUCCUAUCAUGCUGGCCCCAGUUACUUUCAUUUGAAGCACUUAUGGGACUAUGCGGAUAACUUUUGGAACCACAAACAAUACAGCGGUGUGAUAAAAAUCUUACUUCUGAUCCUGGAGCAAUCUAGCGGAUUUAAUUUUAUUUCUUCUCUCAACUGCAUUUAUGUUUUCCUUGAUUCGCUCCAGAUGUUGUCACAGUGUUUCCAAACGAUUUAUCAAAAACCGCUCAAUAGCCCAGAAAGAGAAGAAUUAUCGGUUGAAAACCUUUUGAUAUCCGUCAAGUUCGGUUCUACCGUGGCUCACUUGUUACCGAUCGCACAAGAACACCUCAAGAAAUCCACCUACAAGCUAAACAUCAUGAUGAAUGUGUAUGACAUUCUGUCAAUUUUGGUUUCCAUGUACCCACAACAAAGUUGGCAGGAAAGCCAACAGUUAAAACGAUGCCUUUGUCGUUAUUUCCGCCUUGAUAGCUGGUCAAAUAUUCUCUUUUUCCCGAUUGAAAGACUUAUUUCUUUCCACUCUAGAUAUCCUGGUGGUGCCGCCACCCAAGUGAAGAUUGUCCAGCUGUUCCUGGAAGCUGGAGCUGAUCCCAACAUUACCAACGAAAAUGGCAAAACUCCCCUUCAUAUUUUGUCCGAGAGUUUGUCGAAGUUACAUUGGAAUGGGAUCAUAUUUCCAGCAUCCCCAUUGCAGUCGUAUUCUACCUUUUUCUACGACGUUUUUAAAGCAUUGUUGGAUUCAGGGUACCAUCUCGACUUGGUGACGAGAGACAAAGGCAGAACUGUUCUCGGUAUUUUAAAAAACCAACCGAUGUGUCUUCGGCAAGCAGGGGCACUUGGGGAUCUCAAAUUGAACGAAUUGAUAAAUUCUCUGGUUGGCACAGUAUUACCUCUUUCCUGUUACUGCGUACAAAGUAUCCACCAUCAUCGAAUCCCGUUUGAAGAUCAACUACCACCUAGGCUACAGUCAUUUGUUCGCCUCCAUGUUGUCAAAGAUUGCGUCACAUAAGAUUUCUUCGCCUUUUAAAGAGAUGACACUGAAAAUUUGAUUCUCCUUUCCAAGAACGUCAGACGGCCAGAGGAGGUGAAUACGUUUGUGGUCGUAAUUGAGAAUCAAUCUUCAGCAGGAACUGUUGUCUACGUGUUACUGUAAACUUAUGUAGCCAACGUCAAACUAGAGAUGACUGGUUCUUUCAUUCUUCCUUGCCUCGGAUAUUGAAUCUAUCCCGUUCUAACACUUCUAAUCCCAACCAGAGUUAUGCCCCAACUGUUCCACAACUUCUUAUUCGCAAACACAGCGCAUAGACUAUGCCGUAACGUGAAAUCUGAAUGAGAUUCUAACUAAAUCAAAUGAAAAGUUAAUAAGAAAGCUAAAUCAUUGAUUCUCAUUUUUCUUUUUUGCCAACUUAUCGUAUGAAGUACGCGGCAACGCGGCUGUUUCCUGUAGUUUGGCUCUACGCUUUAGACAGCCAUUUUGGCUCUUUAUCUGUCUCCCAACCGGUAAUGGCGCGAAGCUGCAAGCUUUGUGAUCUGUAUCUUGCCUUCUAAGUUGUUAUUGAUGAAAUUUGGUUAAAGUUAAAAACAUAUUCCGUUUAUCUCAGUACCUAAAAUUUUCAGAAAAAUGGUACGCUUUUCCAAAUGGGAUAAACGAAAAAUCAUUCAUAUGACAGUUCACUGUUGAAGGGGUUAUCUAAUGAAAAAAGAAGGGCAGAUCCUCUGGUCACUGUUUCUCAUGAAUUUCAGUAGUCUAGUACAGGCAAUUAAUUACCUUAAUUACUGCCUGAGGUGGAUCAUGUAAGACUUAAGCGAGCUCCAAAAGAUUACAUCUUGAUACACCACUCAAUUCAGAGAAAAAAGAGGGAAUAGAUGAUGGCCAAUGGUACUCAAUGUUAGCCCAGUAGCAGCAUGCUGUGUUUGCAGUACUACUUGUUCUUUCAUACCUUGCCCCAAGGUUGUGGGGGAAACGGUGUAAGCUACAACUCCUUAUGACAUUUUAUGCCAGUUAUCUUUCAAUUGUUCCUGGCUUACUGCUGUGACUUCAGUGUCUUACAUUUAACCAUGAAGAUGUCUUCUUUUGGAUAUUCGUAAUAGCUGAGAUUGGCUGACCGGAGUUUGCUAGCGCAAGUUUAGGGAAACGUAUGGCGUCGCCGAAACUGCGUUUAAUUUAUAUUGCGUGUUCAGCAUUCGUUGUGGUUAUUAGCCUGUCCUUCAGAGGAAUACAGACUUCAGAUGGGUGAGUCAUGAAAUACGUUUUGUUUGUUUGUUUGCAGAUAUCUUGUGGUUGGCUUGGCUCCCUGGACUUGGAGACUUGCACAGCUGUCUUUACACAGUACUCCAGAAAGUCAAUUCCUGCGUCGACAAAAGCGAUUUCUGUAAGGAAAACCUUUUCCGUAGCAACCAAGUUUCUGUUGGCAUUUUGGCAAAGAUCUCGCCCGUGUUGCAGUAUACAGUUAUGCCAAAUUUCGCUAGUAAUUUGAUGGGAAAAGCAAAAAGACGCCCAUCUUGAACUGCUCGAAUGGUUCCAAUCGCCUACCAUUAGAAGCUAAGUGUUCCUAGCGAUCUGAUCAAGCCAGGAACAUGUUCGCUUUUGAGUGUGUUCUGCUGGACCGUCAAUCGUUGACACUGAAACAAGAAUAUCCAAAUGGACUGCAGAGAAAAGUAAGCCAUGGUAUUCUGAUCAUGAAAUGGAAGUGAUCACUAGUGCAAAAUGACGACAAGAAGUAUCCGUCGAUAGCUCAGUUGGUAGAGCGGUGGACUGUAGAAUUAGAUUCACGAAGACAGUGAAAGUCGUGAAUGAUAUGUGCAAGGUAUCCAUAGGUCGCUGGUUCAACUCCGGCUCGACGGAGAAAUCUUUUUUUAGCCACUCAAGAGGAACGUGCAACCCCGAGUAGUAGCCAUCUUUUCCCAUCCGAGAAAGGAAACGGAAAUUGAAAAGUGAUACGGAAACAGGAGUCGAACAAAGUUUUGUAAAGACACUUGAACCACAAUGUCAGUCAUGCAAAUCUUUAUCAUAUCGUUUUUGGAUAACGAUUCGUGAAGAGAAUAACUCGGUGAGAAUUUUGAUUUUGAUCUUCUGGCUACAGGAUAAUAAAUCUCAAAGAAUAUAGAAGAAUAAAGGGGUAUAAAGACAACCACCUCCUGGUGUGGCCGCCGUGAUGGACACCUAGCGAGAUUUCGUACAUCUCCAUCCAGAUCUGAUCAGCUCUUUUCAAGUUCACCUUAAUUUGCAAGGAAGUCGGUCCCCAAUUUGCCAACAGUGCUGGCAACGCCGGAGUGAGUAAAAGAAAUGCGAUUGCCGUUCUUAAACAGUCCUGUAAAAGGAGCGUAGAGUUGAAGACGGGGGGAACCAGACCAGUCCAGAAAUGGAGAACAAAAUAAUUCCACGCUUGAGUUGCGGUGAAUUUCCCUGUCUGGGUGUUCAUUGCUCCUCCGACGUUCAAUUGAAUUCGUCGCCUCUGCUCCUCUGGACGUAGCAGUACGUAGACACCGAUUUGAUAUCCGCAUAUCCUAUCCAUGUCUGAAAGCGUUUUCUAGUGUCAGUUAAUGUUUUGAAGUUACGAAAUAAUUCUUAAUUUUUAGAUUUUUUAUUUAGAUUUACUUGCAUCGUUUGAUGGCAUUGUAAAAUCGCAGUUCACCGUUUCCACGAAUUUGGAUCUGACUACCGAAUACAAUCCGCUUGAAGAACGACCAUUAUUUCUGAAAUCCGCGCAGGAUCUCGGUAUUGAGUUUGGUCGCAGUCUGGUCGGGAGAAAAAAAGGACAAUCUAAAGGAUCAAAAUCCAAAAGGUACUUCACAUUUUGCCGUUCCAAUGUUUCCAGUCUAGUGUCCCUUGCAGCCAACAUUUGGUUGAUUUCAGCCUAUUAAACAAUAUCUGCCUGUUGGUUGUUCCAGCUGUUGCUCGACUGUAAGGCUAGUCGUAAAGCAGAGCGAACAAGAGACAAAAAGCCAAACGCCUACAAAAACAGUUGCGAAGAAUUUUCUUAAUUAAAUCUGCAGUGUAGCAUAAAACAACUUUGCUUUUCGACGUUGGUAAGCUUAGGGAUAAGAAGCUUCGUUGCAAAACCAAGUAAUCCUGUAAUGUGCAAUACUACAGGAGGCCCUGAAUUCAUGUAAAAGAAAAGUUUUCAAAUACAGGACUUCUAUAUCAA